AACAUCCGUCUGGAGAGACUUACCAGUGAGAUGUGAGGGACAGACACCGGGUCCAGUCAGACCGCGAGUAACAGUUGUAUCAAUGUUCACGUGACUGUUGGCCGAAAGGAGUGGGAAGAAUAAAAUGUAAAGGCAUCCUGAAGGUCUGUCAUUUCAGAGCAAAGCACCAGGCGCACCACCAGCAGAGACUCUCGUGCACCUCGCUUGAAGACCUCAUAGAGGAGUGAACACAAGACCCUGGGAGGAUAAACCAGAAGAUCUGAAGGGCGUCCUGUAUGGAUGUGGUGUCAUGUUCUCACGUGUUCACUCCGUGUACAGUACGUUGACAAUGUUCAGCCGUUGUGACUUCACUUUUCGAAAGAUAUUUAUCCUGUUCACUAUGAGCUUGCUUCAUGAAGUUUGUGUCACAUCCCAUUUUAAUCAAGGUCCCUGCUUUAUUUCAGAGGAUUAUUUUUGGAAUAAAACAAUUCAGUCGCCGAAACAGUUUGUCUUGGGUUAUUUUCAAGAAACUUGUGUAGAGUGGGGUUCAUUGGAGAUUUUCCCUUGUAGCAAGGACACGUCUUCUUGCGAGAUUUACGACACCUGUUGUCCCGACGAUGACUCGGACAUCCUUCAUUCGAGUCCGAGCAGCCGGUGGCUGGGCUGUACAGCGGACAAGCACGUGGCCGUCGUCAAGUGUCCUGUGUCGUGGACAAAUGACUCAAUCAAAGAAAAAUGUGAAAUGGCACGUGGUGUUUACACUACAGACGAACCUGUUUCUGAUUUACGUACUCAGGUGACCUACCGGAACCAGUUCUGCGCGCGCUGUCACGAACUUGCUGAUUACGAGCCAUGGCUUGUGAACGUCACGUGCCGUCACUUCCAGUUCGUCUACAAGGCUCGGUCAGUGAAGGACCUUUUAGACCUCGCGUCGAAGAACGCCAACGUCUGUUCCAUCACGAUGGUGCCACCACAUGGUGUUCAGGUGUUACCAUGCCCGGCACACCAGUGGUUUACAGCAGUCGGCUCGUGCAACACCACAGGCACGUGGGCCUCAGAUGACUACGAUAAGGACGUGGAGGACAACUGUCUGACUGGCCCUCGAGGACUUCCCUUCAGAGUUAAAGAUCACAGAAACACUUACGAAAACCUCUUCUGCGCCAUCUGUAAUGGGAAUGUUCUUGAAACAUCAAAAGAUGCAGUGUAUAACGGUCCUGACUCUCUUACCGUUUCCCUUGGGAUGUCUAAUAAUGAACCCGAAAUCCUUGCAAUAGUGCGCGUGGCUUCUCUCAAGUCCCCCCUGUCACUGUUGCUGGGUCUGACCGACAGAAAUAUGUUUCUGGAUAUGGAAAAACCCCUCGCUUGCUCGCAAGGACAGUUCAUGGGACCAACAGGGAUCUGUCACAACGUGACGUGCAGCGAUGGGAAACUUCUUUUCUCUGGCGACACGUGUGUCACGGCCUUGACCCAAAUUAGAGGGUUAGUAUACAAGGUUGACGUCACCUUAGUUCCCGAUUCGAACUUAACGGUGUCGAUGUUAUCAAAACGGCCCCUGGCUGAGCUGGCGAGACAAAUUACGAAGCAAAUCCUUGAAAGAACGCACUUCUUCAGUUAUGUUGACACUCUAAAUAUUGAUAUUUAUUUUGAUUUGUUUCGUCUAAACAAUCACCAAGCCAAGAUAGAGUACAUCAGACUGAGAGGCAACCUCACCGGAUCCAGGGAAGUCGACAGAGACGACUUGGAGAAGAUUUUGGUUCACGAACUUCUGGUGGAUCCCUGGACUUUGCACAAAUACAAUUCAAAAAUUAUCGCCGUACUCAAGCAAAAAGAUGAGUUGUUUGAGAAUCGGUUAGAAAACAGCUCAGAAAACAACCUGAGUGAGCAACACAUUUUUUUGCCCAAGAACUGGCCACAAAUCUUUGCUACUUUAAAAAGACAAAAUUCUACAACAGUUAAAUUCCAUAAGCACUAUUCACCACAUUUCAGUGGCAUAGAAACACAUGACAUUCCUGAGCGCCUACAAAUUGAGCUGUCGCCAUUGUUGACAUGCGCUUACGUCACAUUGUCGCCCAGUGAAUAUGAGAUACGACAAGGUGACUCUGGGGGGACCCAGCUGUUUGUCGUGGGCGACUACUACGACAUGCGGCUGACGCAGCUGAUCUCCAUGACAACUGAAAACGAUACGCUACACGUGUGCGUUGAAGCGUUACAAUCAGCAGAACUCCACCUGAAAGUGAAGAGCGCCACCUUGUGGCUACAGUGGUUGUCCCGACUGGUCAUCUCUCUGUCCAUCGUCUGUCUCUUCCUCACUCUGGCAGUGUACGCCUUACUUCCGGAGCUGCGCACGCAGCCAGGACUGAACCUGAUGGGGCUGUGCGCGACUCUGUGGGUUGCGCAGAUGACGCUGUUGGUGGCGUCACAUCACGUGGUUUGGGGGACGUGGUGUCGCGUGCUUGGGAUGCUAGUGCACGGCGUCUGGCUGAGCGCCUUCUGCUGGAUGGUCGUCUCUUCUGUCCACAUGUUUCGUGCUUUCUCGGCCAGAACCUUCCACACUCGACACAGCAAGUCUCUGACACGGAGCACAGCGCGAAAUGCUGUUCUUUCCUUCGUCUUUCCCGCUAUCAUCGUGGGCCUCGUCAUCGUCAUCUCGUCUGCCCAGUCUCACGGCAAGUCCAUCGGCUACGGCGGACCGUUGUGUUACCUGAGCUCUCAGGUAUUGGUGGGGGUGGCCAUGGUGUUGCCGCUGUCAGUGGCUGUCGUGGUCAACCUGGUGCUCUUCGUCUUGACCGUCAGAAGGAUUAACGAGGCUUUCACACUUAAUCCCCUGUUGGAAACCAAGCGUGACUCGCUGCAGCACGUGCAGACAUGCGCGCGCUUAUCGCUCUUGACUGGCAUCACGUGGAUUGUGGCGCUUCUCGCUGAAGGCUUCGAUUUUGAUUGGCUGCGCGUGAUCUCAGUCGUGGCCAAUGGCGGCCAGGGUGUCCUUCUCUUCGGGUCCUACGUCACCACGAGAAAAGUGUUCACUCUGCUUCGCGCUCGCCUCGCUCACGCUGCUGAGGUCGCACCGCAAACUGAGCUUACAGAUGAUAAGGCUAUGGCUAAAGUGGCUUCCCUCAGUGAGAUAAGAGAAAAGAAUGUAUAAAGCAGAAUGCCUUCGAUAAGGGAUGAUUCCGCAAUCAGUAUGGUCAGGCGUCACUGCUUAUUUGUGGUUCUUCAAAAAUCACCCCUCCCAUGUUUUCAUCCCCCUCUUACUCCUUUUCGCUAUGCUCCCUUUAUUUUCUAUAUUAUCUGUCUCCCUCCCUACCCUAUUUCCUCUCUCCCUCCCCCACCCCCCAAUGGAUAUCAGAUUAAUUAGAGCGUCUGAAGUUGGAAGUGUACCGGUUCGAUGUGUGCAGGGCGCAGCGAACUUUCCCCAGUCGAUCCAGCUGUCGGUAAUGGUCACCUGACUCCAUAGAGGACAGGGAGGUAAUUGGUGUUUUCUGUCGAGCCAGUAACGAAGGCUACAUCACGGCAAGGUAGCCAGCCUGUAAACAGAUGCCGCACGAAGAGAAAGAACAGCGUGCCCGAGACGAGCUGAACCCAGGACAGCCAUCCUUCAGUGUCUUGGUGACAGGCGCUAGCAGUUCGACCACCGGACCGCCCUCUGACUCCACAGAGGGUUGGGGAAGGUAGAUAGAGUGAUUGAGUAGAGAUGGGCACCGCCCUUUAAAAAAGAAAAAAAACUGGUCCCGAGAAAGGUGAGUUCCACCAGCUGUCCCAGGUAACAUCCAGAGGAACUUGUUCAAAUUAUAAGCUAUAAAAUUUCUGCACAAGAGCUCAAGGAGUGCAGUGCUCCUCAACAACUUUCAAACAACACUUAGUAUCCGGCAAUGUUCUUCAUAACCACUACAGUUGUGGCUGCAACUCAAGCAAAACUUUAUGGUGGUGUAAAGGCGGGACGAUAAAUUAGAUUUCCUGGAAUUAAAAUUAAAUUCAGGAAACCUUACUCAAUUAGUUUUAGAUGUAUAUUAGGCGCUUAUUACAUUAGGUGUUAAAUGUGUUUAUGUGUAUAUUAGAUGCAUACUAUAUUAACUGUGUAAUAGACGGAUAUUAGAUGUGCGUGCCACAAGUAAAAAAACAAAAACAAAAACUGUUUACACGCGAACCCAAUGAAAAAGUAUUUGGAAAUGUUUAAAUAACAUUCCACACACGCGCUCAGGGCGGACUUCUCACGAUUGGUGAGGACCGUCCCACUACAUUUUCUGUUGUCCCCCGUCAACGGCUCGCUGUUACACGUGAUGAUGGAGAAAGAAGGUGGCUUGCAGAGUAACACUCAUGCUACUCGUACAGGUUCGUUAGGUGAAGGUAGCUUAUUCGUGGUGGCCAAGGAUAAUAGCGCAUGGUCUUAGUUGUAGGCUAACCCUAACCCUGCUUCGGACACUCUUCGUCCUGAAAUGCUGAACUAAGAUUCUGGGCUCAGAAUACAGCACACACAAGGAGGGAGCAAUGUCAAGGCGUCACACCUGAGCUACAAAGAUUAUUUUGAGGCUAGUAGCGUCUUCGGCUACCAUAAUGGUCAUGCUAUGUUGACUAACUUGAGUAGAAUACAAACUCUAUAUAUUUCUAACCAAAAUAAAACUGUCAGUUCCGGCUGUAUGCAAAAUCAAAUAUUUUAAAAUAUAAUCAAGUGUUAUAAAUAACACAUUACAGCAAGUUUGCAUUGUAUUUACACUAGCUCUAGGAUUAUGCAUGUCGAUCAAAUACGAACGCUCAGGUUGUAAUGUAUUUGUUUAAUUAUUCAUCCAUUUACUGAUUUUGUCCUGAUGGACUACCACGUUUGACUGCACCAUCUCCAAGUUCUUAAGAUACUAAAAAGUCCCAGUUCAGAAUUAUUACCUCUUUUUCAUUUGGAUUAUGGUCUGAUUUAAAAUAUUGUGUACAAUACAUUUAUUAAAAAUACUUUAUACUUCAGAUAAACUAUAUAGACAUUUUAAAAUCGUGUUCCUGUACUAGUUAAAUAUUUUAUCAUUGUAUAAUAAUGAUAAAGCUUAAAAGAUGCCCAAAACACUGACCUCAAAUGAAUGAAAACAUUAACAAUAAGAUAACCAAGCAUUAAUUCUCUGCACUUCUGUCUUGUUUUUUUCACAUAAUGUCAAUUAUAAACUCAUCAGUCUGUUCACAAAAAAACAGAAACACCUUGUCAUGAUCAUAAAACAUUCUUUUUCAUUCAGGAAGUAUUAAUAUGCAAGAAAAUAUCCGACAUGCUGAAUUUUUGCCAUUCAUUUCACUUAUGACUGAUAAAAUUCAGGUUACUUCUAUUUGUACUUAUAUUUUAAAAAAAA